GGGCCGGGCCGCGGCGGAGCGGCGGCGGCCGGCGGCGGCGGCGCGAAGAUGGCGGACGUGCUGAGCGUGCUGCGGCAGUACAACACGCAGAAGAAGGAGAUCGUGGUGAAGGGCGACGAGGUGAUCUUCGGCGAGUUCUCCUGGCCCAAGAACGUCAAGACCAACUAUGUCAUCUGGGGGACGGGGAAAGAGGGUCAGCCCAGGGAAUACUACACUUUGGAUUCUAUCUUGUUCCUGCUUAAUAAUGUACACCUUUCACAUCCUGUUUAUGUCCGUCGUGCUGCAACUGAAAACAUUCCUGUGGUAAGAAGACCUGAUAGGAAAGACCUGCUGGCAUACCUAAAUGGGGAAACAUCAACGUCAUCGAGUAUAGACAGAAGUGCUCCGCUUGAAAUUGGUCUUCAGCGAUCCACACAAGUUAAAAGAGCAGCAGAUGAAAUAUUAGCAGAAGCAAAGAAACCAAGAAUAGAGGAUGAAGAGUGUGUGCGUCUUGACAAGGAGCGAUUGGCAGCUCGAUUGGAAGGACAUAAAGAAGGUAUCGUGCAAACAGAGCAGAUCAGGUCCUUGUCUGAGGCCAUGUCUGUGGAAAAAAUUGCUGCUAUCAAAGCAAAAAUCAUGGCAAAGAAAAGAUCCACUAUCAAAACUGAUCUGGAUGAUGACAUAACUGCUCUUAAACAGAGAAGUUUUGUUGAUGCUGAGGUGGAUGUAACCAGAGAUAUUGUCAGCAGGGAGAGAGUAUGGAGGACAAGAACUACAAUCUUACAAAGCACAGGCAAGAACUUUGCCAAGAAUAUUUUUGCAAUUCUUCAAUCAGUAAAAGCCAGAGAAGAAGGCCGUGCACCUGAGCAGAGACCGGCACCGAAUACAGCACCCACGGAUCCCACUUUACGAAAUAAGCAACCUAUUCCAGCUGCCUACAACAGAUAUGAUCAGGAAAGAUUCAAAGGAAAAGAGGAAACGGAAGGCUUUAAAAUUGAUACCAUGGGCACCUAUCAUGGAAUGACUUUGAAGUCUGUAACGGAAGGUGCUUCUGCCCGAAAAACACAGACUCCAGCAGCACAGCCCGUACCACGACCAGUUUCUCAAGCAAGACCACCUCCAAAUCAGAAAAAAGGAUCUCGAACUCCCAUAAUCAUUAUUCCGGCAGCCACCACUUCUUUAAUAACUAUGCUUAAUGCAAAGGACCUUCUGCAAGAUCUGAAGUUUGUACCAUCAGAUGAAAAGAAGAAACAAGGCUGUCAACGAGAAAAUGAAACUCUAAUACAGAGAAGGAAGGACCAGAUGCAGCCUGGGGGAACUACAGUCAGCGUUACUGUACCUUAUCGAGUAGUAGACCAACCUCUGAAGCUUAUGCCACAAGAUUGGGAUCGUGUAGUGGCAGUGUUUGUCCAGGGUCCUGCUUGGCAGUUCAAAGGUUGGCCUUGGCUGUUGCCUGAUGGAUCACCUGUUGAUAUCUUUGCAAAAAUUAAAGCUUUCCAUCUCAAAUAUGAUGAAGUACGUCUGGAUCCAAAUGUACAGAAAUGGGAUGUAACAGUGUUAGAAUUAAGCUACCACAAACGGCACUUGGACAGACCAGUAUUUCUACGCUUCUGGGAAACUUUGGACAGGUAUAUGGUAAAGCACAAAUCUCACUUGAGAUUCUGAAUUCUUCAGCUGCCAUUUAUUUACUGGAGUAUGGAUUGAGAAAAAUGAAAGAGGCUCCAGUCUGGAGACCAGAGCUCGCACUAUAGGAUUUGUCAAGAACUUUGCAAAUGAAGAAGGGUCACAGUUUAAACUUUUUAUAAAAUCUUGUUUGGAUGCUUCAUGCUAUGGCAGGUUGAUACCUGUUGUUAUUCAGAAGCAAAGGGGUUUUGCUUAAAACUAUUUUUUUAAUAAUGUUAGCCUUCUAGUCUGCAAUCCAAAUUGUAUAUUUUGAUAGCAGCAGUUUCUUCUCUGUUUUGUUAAAUUAGCCACAUUUUUAAAUAAUGUGUUUUGUUCUUCAUUAGAAAAUAGGUUGAUCUUCACUGCAGGUUACAAAGCGUGUGUGCGUGUGCGCAUGUGCGCACAUUUGUGUGUGUAUAUAUGUGUGUGUGUGUCUAUAUAUUAUAUAUAUAUUAAAAAAAUUAUAGACACACUUAGGCACACAUAGGUGUUACCAAGGCUUUCUGAACCACUUAGCUUCUGAGCUUAGUUUUGGUUUUCUUUGCUUAUUGUUUCAGUUACUGAGAAUAUUUUGUUGUGAAUGAUAUUACAUUUUAGUCAAUAGGACUUGCAAACUGAGCAAAGUGAAGAUUGUUUUGGAUAACUCAAUGUCAACCUGUAUAUGUAUAUUCUGUCAGUCUUUGUUGAAAAAGGGAUAAUGAAAAAUCAAGAACUACUUUUUUGGAUUUGUAAUGUCCCAGUUUACUAAAUCUUUAAACUUUAUUAUGAAUACCUUUCAAGUCAUGUUAACAUUAAAUCUUCAUUCUCCACACAAGUCGUUUUAUUUAAACUGAAAGUGUGCAUGUAUACAUUCCCACUUACCAAAUUACCUUUAUAUAUGAGUCUAACUGUUGCCUAGAUUAAACAGUGAAUAGAAAGGGAGAGAGUUUGGAUUCCGCCCCCCCCCCCCCCCCCCCCGAACAACCACCAUGAGAAAUGCAUAAUUUUAACUUCCUUACAUUUAUACCUUUAAUAUCACCUCUACUAUUUUUUGUGAUAAAAGUAGCCCAUAUUAUCUACAGGAGUUGUAAUUUGCUGAUGUGAGUGACUAAUUAGAAUGGAAAAUAAGCCUACUUCAGUUACCAAAGAGUAUAUCUGCUUCAUCUAUCGUAUGAGCAUAAUUGAGGCUAGAAAACCCUGAUAUUUAUGAAUUCGUGGUAUUUAUAUACCUGUUUAAUGACAUCAAGUGGAUGUUAAGUACCAGUCAAUAUACAGAAUGAUCAAAUACUGUAACACCUGCAUGGAUUUUUCUGGGAUAGAAAAGACACUUUUCUGGGAUUGAAAAUCAAAACCAUGUUUUUUUUAAUAUACUUUACAUUUAAGGUUUGACAAAGGUAAAUUGUUCUAGCUAUUCUUCUUUAGUUUUGCUUUUCAUUUGAUGUUACCUUCAAUUUUAAUAAACUGGAAGGCACAUCUCCUUCAGAGGCUUUUUAAAUUGUAUUAAACUUGUGAGGACUGUGAGUUAUGAUGGUUUUUUGGUAGUAUUUUCAUUCCUGCUGUACCAAGACUACUAUUAAAUUUAGACAAUUAUCUUAAUGGAGACUUAUUUAAGAAAAGAAAAAAAAAAAGAAGAAUAACAAAGAUUGGAAGAAGUUCACGUGGAUUUUUGAAUGAGUUCUGCAAAGUGACUGAGAAGAGCAAGCAACGCAGAACAUGUUUAAAAUAUGUUAAAAGUUCCCCAAUUUGUGUUGGUUUGUGGAAGUGACUGCUUUUUUCCCCCGGUGCUUAAGCAUAUUAAAAAAUUAUCCAUGUCGUAUGUGAGUGAGCUAAAACAUCCAGUGCUUUGUUUUAAGCUGCGCUGUAAUUAGAAAAACUGUAGUGGUUAUCAACUCAACAGUCACUACCAUGAGGAAAUAUGUGUUAGAGUGGGUUGGCUGGUUGGUUGUUUUGUUUUUCUUACUGCUUUAAACAAUGUUGCAGGUUUUUUAUACUCUGAAAUAGUUCCAAUUAGAAAAUGUAACUUUUUUUCAGAAUUAAUCACUACUUUAUGGCCUAUGUUAAAAAAAAAUGCUACAGUGAACAGCAAUCUUGAAAAGCAAGUUUUGAAGAAAAGUGUGCUUUACAUGCACUGAAGACUAUACAGUGGUCUUAAAGCAUGCAAAGUCCAAUUAUCUUCUCUCUCUCUCUCCCGUCUUUCACAUGUUUUUUAAAAGCAUGUGUAAUCCUAAGUCCAAUGAGUUAAGGAGACAGCCUGAUUUUGAUGCAGUUCUUAUAUAUACUGGGAGUAAUUCCCCUAAAACUAGUGAAGUUAAAUGGAUGUGAAACUGGCAGAAGAACAAAAUCCAUGAAAUCUUUGUUUAAACUGUAACAUUUCCUAUGGAUUCAGCUUAAACCUUUUCUGUACUUGCAGAAGUUUACAACACAAGUUGUAAAUUGUGUAUUUGUGAAGGAGAUGGCACCUGAGUGUGCAUUUUUGUUUUGUCAGUCAUAAAAGUAGCAUUUUAUGAUAAAAAAGCAUAAAAUGAGCCAUUUUGCAAUCAGAUUCCUACUGACAUUAUUGGAAGCUGAAUUAGGUUGGAGACCUAGCUUGGUCUUGGAAAUUAGGUGGGAGACCCAGGAGAAGAGCUCUCCUGUUGCCUUCCUGAAUGUCUGCACAUAGAUUAUGAAACUACUUGGACUUAACGAAAAAAAAAGAAAAAGCUUUAUAGCAGCAUUUUGCAGCACAGCUGGGUUUUUAGACAGUAUGUUAUGCUUGAUUUAUCUACAAGUUAACAUAGGAUAAUAAAGAAAACCAAUACUAAGAACUGGAGAAGCUGUAGGACCAGCUGUCUGUUUUAGUGAACUGUAUUCUUACUGUUGAGCAAAUUUGAUGCUCUGCUUAGAAGUGUAUACAGUUAAAAUAUAUCACUUGCAGGUUAUUGAAUAGUGGAAUGAUACUAGCAUGGGAAUCAAAUACCAAAUAAAAAUCUAAAGUGUCACAGCUCUACACUGCUUUGUAAGUACUAAAACAAGAUGAAAAGUAGCUUGAAGUCUGCUGUUGGGCUUCCAUAGUGUCAGCAGCUGAUCAUUUCUGUUGGUGGCAAAAAUACAGGGGCCAGUAGGGAUGUUUGAAAUAAUGACUUUAUAUUAAGAACUGAAAUACCUGCUGUUUAUGCUACUUGAGCUAUCUGAGUGCUACCCUGAACAAAGCAGACAAGGUGAAAUUUGUCAUAAGGCAGUGUAGGGCAACUGCUUUUUAAAAUGGACUUGCAUAUGUAAAGAAAUUGCAGAUCAGCAUCCUCAACUGAGUAGGCUUGGCUAUUUAGUUAUUACCUGGAAAAUUUUCUAGCGAGAUAGUUUCAUAAAUAUGCACUAAAGUCAGUGCUUAAGCUAGACAAUUUAUAGAGCUGUUCUACAAUGCUAUAAACCUUUUUAUUUUUGAAUACAGAAGAAAACGGAGAUAGUGGGUUAUGUGUGUUAAGCUGCCCUUGAUCAUGAGUUCAACUCCUUAUUAUGUGAUAUUUGUCAGAUAAGCCUUUAUCUGAAAACAAAUUUGGCUUUGACUUUCAUUUGGUAUGCAAUCAGUGUAUGAAAUACUACCAUGCUCUGCAGGAACCUGCAAAAAUACGUUCUAUUAGCAUAGCUUUCAUUCUUUUGCUGGUGAAAUAUGCACUAAGUUGCUAAUUCUUGCGAACACUAUACAGAAAAAAGAAGCUGGUCAAAAUUGAUGGUUUAGAUAGUGAUUUUAAAAUUUAAUGUCAUGAAUGCAUUUUAAUUCAAAAGCCAUAACUAAUGCCAAGUACUUUAUUAGAGCAAUGUGUUCAUGAAAAAUUAAAAUCCUUGCCUGAAGAAAUUGCUGGCCAAGUAGGUUACAGUUCAACUAAUCUGUGUAAAAAUAUGCUACAAACCAGAAUCUGUGAAUGACAUUCAGACUUGUUCAUUUGUUACUUAACUGAUUUUUUUCAGAGAUGACAGCUUUACUUUCAUUUUCUGAACAGAAACAUAUUUCAGUAGCACUUGCAUAGUUUACCUUUCCACUCUGUUGUGUGUUUUUUCUACCUUGAGACUGUUAACAUGUGAUACGAUAUUUCUGAGGCAAUGAUCACUUUAAGUAUGAAGAUGUUUAAGUGAAGCUCCUGUACUUGACAAAUCAAUGGUUUCUUAAUGGAUCUAUCAUCCAGUGGAUGUCUCCUGUUGGGCUGUUACGGACUUCUCUGCAGAUCACACUUCUUGCAGCUGUGAUGCUAUCAGAGAGCAUAAGUUUGGGGAUAAUGAGAUUUCAUCAAGCCAAGUGUGUGUAGGUAGGUAGCACACAGUGAUAGGUUGUGCUUUUGGAUUGAUUUACUAAAUUUGUUUUUGUUUAAACUUUAUAAGAUUUUUAUAAAAAUGCAAAUGCAAAGAACAAUCUCAAACAUUUGAAACUUUAAUGCACAGACUCUUUUGCAUGUAAAACUGAUAUGAAGUGAUGCAUAAAAUCUCUAAGAAAAAUGUCA